AUGUUUUUAUCCCCGCCCCCUGGUGAUUUGCUCGGCUGGGUCGGUGAGUUCCGGCUUGCGGUGCUGGGCGUGACGGGCGGUGACAGGAGAGCAGGUCGGGAAAUGCCGCGGUACGGAGCUGGGGAGGCCCCUGGGGGUCACAGGCCGCUCAGCAACGGAGGACACAAGCUGGACACCGGAACAACCAGGAACGGCUUUAUAAAGAAUGGAGUGGGCCCCGAACACCGGCUCUACAAUGGGGGUCUGUACAAGAGACCCUUCAACGAGGCCUUCGAGGAAACCCCGAUGUUCGUGGCUGUUCUUACCUACAUGGGCUACGGCAUUUUGACCCUAUUUGGCUACCUGCGCGACUUCCUCCGAGCCUGGAAGAUCGAGAAGUGUCACAACGCCACCGAGCGGGAAGAGCAAAAGGAUUUCGUGCCGCUUUAUCAGGAUUUUGAGAACUUUUACACGCGGAAUCUGUAUAUGAGGAUCCGGGAUAACUGGAACAGGCCUGUGAGCGGCGUCCCGGGCGAGCGCGUCGACAUCCUGGAGCAAUACACAGACGACUACAACUGGACGUUUAAGUUCACAGGCCGGGUGAUUAAAGGUGUGAUAAACAUGGGUUCCUACAACUACCUGGGCUUCGCACAGAACCACGGCGAGUGUGCAGACCGAGCCGCGCAGGUGCUGCAGAAGUACGGAGGAGGGGUGUGCAGCACGCGGCAGGAGAUGGGUAACCUGGAGAAGCACGAGGAGAUGGAGGCUUUGGUUGCUCGGUUCUUGGGGGUGGAAGCAGCCAUGACGUUUGGGAUGGGGUUCGCCACAAACUCAAUGAAUAUUCCAGCCCUGGCUGGCAAGGGAUGUCUGAUUCUGAGCGAUGAGCUAAACCAUGCCUCGCUGGUGCUGGGAGCCCGGCUCUCGGGGGCCACCAUUCGGAUCUUCAAGCACAACAACAUGCAGAGUUUGGAGAAGUUGUUGAGAGACGCCAUCGUGCAGGGCCAGCCGCGAACACGCCGACCCUGGAAGAAAAUCCUCAUCUUGGUGGAAGGGAUUUACAGUAUGGAGGGCUCUAUUGUCCGACUUCCAGAAGUUAUUGCGCUUAAGAAGAAGUACAAAGCGUAUCUGUACCUGGAUGAGGCGCACAGUAUCGGGGCCCUGGGCCCCAGCGGGAGAGGUGUUGUAGAUUACUUUGGUCUGGAUCCCCGAGAUGUAGAUAUCAUGAUGGGAACGUUCACCAAGAGCUUUGGGGCGGCUGGCGGGUACAUCGGAGGCAGUAAGAUCCUCAUCGAUUACCUGCGGACGCACUCGCACAGCGCUGUGUAUGCCACUUCCAUGUCCCCCCCAGUGGCAGAGCAAAUCAUCGCUUCCAUGAAGUGCAUUAUGGGUGAAGAUGGCACCACCCUUGGCCAGGAUCGCGUGGAGCUGUUGGCUGAGAAUACAAGAUAUUUCCGCCGCCGCCUGACGGAGAUGGGAUUUAUUAUCUAUGGAAACGGCGACUCCCCGGUGGUCCCGCUCAUGCUGUACAUGCCGGCAAAGAUCGGAGCUUUCGGACGGGAGAUGUUAAAGAGGAAUAUUGGCGUGGUGGUGGUGGGCUUCCCGGCCACCCCGAUCAUAGAGUCCAGGGCCCGCUUCUGCGUGUCGGCUGCACAUACCAGAGAGAUGCUGGAUCUGGCUCUGAGUAAAAUCAGUGAAGUUGGGGAUCUCCUGCAGUUGAAGUAUUCCCGCCAUCACUUUGUGCCCCUUCUCGACCGGCCCUUUGAUGAGACGACGUACGAGGAGACAGAGGACUGAUGGUGUGGAGUCACCACGUGGCACCAGCGGGGGCUUCCUGUGCCAACAGGGGCCCCGUCUCCAUUUCUCUUUCCAUUCUUGGGGUGAUGAGGAGGACGAGAUGUUUUAUAAUCUGUAUUAUUUCCUUUUAUAUCUAAUUUAUUUCCACCGGGACCUGUGAAGACGUUCUUUCCGUGUCUGAGGCCUCGGCUCCCUGCUCCCCGGCGGAUAAUCCCACAGACACCCAGUA